CGCAGUCUCCCAGGAGCCAUCCCCAGGCAGCCCCUGGACCCGGAAGGGGGCAGGAACAGAUAGCAAUCUCAGCAUCCAGGAGAUUCACCAUGACCAGGGCCUUGAAAGAGGCUCUUCUACAGCACUUUAUACAUCAGAAGCUGGAGAUUGCUUAUGCCAUAAACAAGCCAUUUCCCUUCUUCGAAGGCCUCCGAGACAACUUCUUCAUCACCGAGAGCCUGUACCAGGAAUCUCUGGAAGCCUGUAGAAAUCUGGUCCCUUUAUCCAGGGUCGUGUACAACAUCCUCACUCAACUGGAGAAUACGUUUAGUCUGUCAUUUCUGGAGUUGUUGUUCAGCCGAAUAAACCUGAGUGAAUACCCCAACUUGAUGACGACUCUCAAGAGCUUCAAAAGGGUUGUCAUUUCCAACGGAGGGUGGAGCAGAAUCACAACGAUUCCUCUCGAAGCCGCAGCCAACCCAGCAGGAAGGAGCUCCCCCUGGGCACUGCUGCCGCUGCCCACCUGCCAACACCCCCCACUGGGCCUCCCGCCCUGCUCACCCAGUGUCAGCAAGCCCGGAGCACCUGCCCAGCCCAGCGCUGAGAUCCUGCACGAGCAGCCCAGCCCUGCUGGCCUCACCGUGGCUCUCCCCGGAAUCAUCCAGGAAGGAAGGCUCACUCCAGUGUCCAGUGACAACCUGAUUCCCCAAAUAAAAGAUAAAGAAGACACUCAAGAGAUGUCCUGUGCUGCAUCAGGCCCCGUACCAGUGAUAAGAGACGAUGCUCCUGAACCAAGUGACCCAAAGGAGCUCCAGGAGGCAUCCAGGGCACCUCCCAGCAAGAAAGGAAAGAAGAGAAAAAGAAAUAUCUGGUUAACCUCAAAGAAGAGACGCCAGAAGAAAAGCCUCCCGAGAGGGGCAGCCUUACCUGGGCAUGGAACCCAAAAGACACUCCAAGUGGCAGAGCAGGUGACUCACAGGGAGGAUGACUCAACCAGGAACACAAAGGUCACGACAAGAGCAAAAAAGAGAAGGACAGAAUGUGCCCAAACGCCUGCACCAGAGGAGGUCAGUGAUGGCACUUCAGAGAUGAAUGAAGGAAAGAGACCCCAGGAGCCACCCAGCACACCACCAAGACUCACCCACGGUAAAGAUCCCAUGGAUAAGGGAAGCAAACUGCCUUUGGGAAAAUCUCCUGGGGAAAAACGAAGGAAGAGAAAAAUACAUAGCUGGUCAAGUUCAAAAAAAAGACAGAAAAAAAGUCUCCCAAGAGGGUCAGCCUUACCUGGACGCAGAACCCAAGAGAUGCUCCAAGGGGUGGACCAGGUGACUGAAAGGAAGGACGGCUCAACCAGAAGUUCGAAGGUCAUGACACAGGCCCAGAAAGCAAGGGCUGAACGUGCCCAAAAGCCUGCACCAGAGAAAAAGAAAAGGAUAAAAGAUGUCCGUUCAAGUGCAAAAACAAGUUGUCAGAGAAAUAUUCGCAUUAAGGGAAAACCCAAAGAUGAAGCUCUGGAUUUUCACUCUCCUAAACUUCCUGUGACCUGUGGUGAGGCAAAGGGGAUUUUAUAUAAGGAGAAAAUGAAACAAGGCUCCUCAGAGAAGUGUAUUCAGAACGAGAAGGGACUUUGGUUCACACCAAGAGAAUUUGAAAUUGAAGGGAAACGCAAACAAUCAAAGAACUGGAAGCGGAGUGUGCUUUGCAGAGGAAAGACCCUAGAACACCUGCUGGAGAAAGGACUUUUGCUCUGUCCUCCAAGAAGAAGUCUCAAGAGAGAGGAGGUGGGCCAAAAAAGAUCUUGCUGUGGUUUAUGUCAAAGAGUGUUAGCAAGCAUCAUACUCAAUGGUGAAAAAUUGAAAGCAUUUCCACUAAGAUCAGGAACAAGACAAGGAUGUCCACUCUCACCACUCUUAUUCAACAUAGUUUUGGAAGUCCUAGCCAUGGCAAUCAGAGAAGAAAAGGAAAUAAAAGGAAUCCAAAUUGGAAAAGAAGAAGUAAAACUGUCACUCUUUGUAGAUGACAUGAUACAAUACAUAGAAAAUCCUAAAGAUGCCACCAGAAAACUACUAGAACUAAUCAAUGAAUUUGGUAAGGUUGCAGGAUACAAAAUUAAUGCACAGAAAUCUCUGGCAUUCCUAUACACCAACAACGAAAAUUCAGAACAGAAAUUAAGGAAACAAUCCAUUUACCAUCGCAACAAAAAGAAUAAAAUACCUAGGAAUAAACCUGCCUGAGGAGACUAGAGACUCGUACUCAGAAAACACUGAUGAAAGAAAUCAAAGAUGACAUAAACAGAUGGAGAAAUAUACCAUGUUCUUGGGUUGGAAGAAUCAAUAUUGUGAAAGUGACUAUACUACCCAAAGCAAUCUACAGAUUCAGUGUAAUCCCUAUCAAACUACCAAUGGCAUUCUUCAUAGAAUUAGAACAAAAAAUUUUACAAUUCGUAUGGAAACACAAAAGACCCCAAAUAGCCAAAGCAAUCUUAAGAAAGAAAACCGAAGUUGGAGGCAUCAGGCUCCCCAACUUCAAACUAUACCACAAAGCUACAGUAAUUAAGACAGUAUGGUACUGGCACAAAAACAGAAAUAUAGAUCAAUGGUACAGGAUAAAAUGCCCAGAGAUAAACCCACGCACAUAUAGUCACCUAAUUUACAACAAAGGAGGCAAGAACAUACAAUGGAGAAAAGACAGCCUCUUCAGUAAGUGGUGCUGGGAAAACUGGACAGCUACAUGUAAAAGAAUGAAAUUAGAACACUCCCUAACACCAUACAUAAAAAUAAACUCCAAAUGGAUUAAAGAUCUAAAUGUAAGACCAGACACUAUAAAACUCUUAGAGGAAAACAUAGGGAAAACACUCUACUGCUUUUUGAAUCAGUUCCACUUUUAUAUUUUUCUCAGAAGUCAUCU